AUUCAUUCGGAGCCUCCAGUCAUUCAAACCUGCUUCAUUCCCUUUCCUAAAGUUUGAAUGUUGCGAUUAACGUCGAACUUGAGUUGAUAACCCCCGACGUUUUCGAUAAACUUAGGCAAUACGAGGAUUCAUGGCCUUUUCUGGUGCUGAAAAUUACGAAGUUUGCCAGUGCAGAUCCGGCUACAACAGAUUUACGCCAAACGACUUCUUCAGUUCAGAUUGCUAGAGCAUUUCAUUGUAGUGUGACCGACUAGCCAUGAGUCAACCAAUGCCUCCACCAGAUAUCGACGGCCUUAAUUCCCACGAUGAAUAUAAUCUGAACAUUAUCGGUUUGCGAUAUAAUGAAUCUGCCCCAAAAAGCAAUCCUUACAUCGAGUACGACUUUUAUCCUUUUGAUAAUGUAUCACCAGCUGAAACCCAAUUUUAUAAAUUUUGCGUUGAUCUCGAAAAUGCCCGGAAAUUAAUUAGGGAAGAAUUGGUUGUUUCACACUGGCAUAUGCACUCGCAGAAGGAGGGCCAUUUUCUCCUGGGCUACACUUUAUAUGAUCGCAUCCUGAUUGUCCUUGGACGACGCCUAGUUUAUUGGUACCUUGAAUCGAAUCUUCCAUUCCCAACGUUAAAAUAUGGUAUUAUCAGGCGAAGUUACUGGUUUUGUAAUAUAACUAUUGAAUUAGUUGAGUUUUUUUUAUCGAAAAUUGUGGAAGGAAUUGAGGACUUUUCUUGGUUAUAUGGCUAUGGGUGAUAAGGUUUAGUAAUUAAAUGAAAUGUCAAUUUUCUGCAUAAGAAGUUUGGAAGAUAUGUGAAUUACAUAAAUGAAAUAAAACUUUUUUUUGUUAA